UCCACUUACUAAAUAUUUUAAAAAUAUAAAAUUAAAGAAUAACAUAUAUUCAUGAAUUUUACAAGAUACUUUAACUUAUUUAAACAAAAUAUUAAAGUAUGAUAUGUAAACUAAGAAAUAGUUUCAUAUUUUAAUAUAUAUAUAUAUAUAUAUUUUUUUUUUUUUAAUUUUUCAUAAUUAAAAUAAUUCAAUAUAUUUAUCAAGUAUGAGAGGGGUUGUGUGACAUAUAGUUAAUUUAUAUAGUAAUAAAAUAAAUUUGUAUUAUAAUUUAAAGCUUUCAAAUAUAAGAAAAAUUAAUACAGGUGGAUUAUCAUGUAAAUUUUAAUGAAAUCAUAUUCAUGUAAAUUUGUUGUUGAUAGUAAUAAAAUAAAUUUGUAUUAUAAUUUAAAGCUCUCAUUUUUUUCAUAAAAUCAUAUUCAUGUAAAUUUUAAUUUAAUUAUCUAUAUUUUAUAAAAAUACAUAUGUAUAAAAUUUCUAAAUUCUCAGUAAAUAAUGUUUUGAAUAAAAAUUAAUCCCACUCUUUUAAAGCGCAUAUCAAAAUCUAUUAUCGUCUUAAAGUUAUAUCAUUAUAAUUAUGACAAUACCAGGUCCAUCGAACAUAAUCAAUUUCUAUAUACCAAUUUUAGAGUUCAAUCUAUACUAUUAAAGCAAAAUCUCAACUAGGAUUUUGUCCUUGAGUUUUUAAGUUAAUUACAAUGGCAUACCAUUUCCUUAUUAGAAUUUUUAGUUAAUUUCUACACUUUCAAAUUCAACCAAUCAAAAAUAACUUUUUAAUACUAAUAUCUUUAAUUCAAUUAUUAUAACCCCUGUUAACCUUUUCCCUUCACGAAAUAUAUACAUAUUUCCUUUUAUGGUUUCAUGUUCCAAAUCAACUAACAUAGAAAACAUUUAAUAGCAAAUCAUACAUAUUUUUUUAGAGCACAUUAUAUUGAAAUUGACCAUAUUCAUAUGAUGGGUCAAGAUAUCAGCCGUAAAAACAUAAAUAUUCAUACGUUUUAUUUGACCAUAUAAAAUUUUUUUAACUGUAUGGCACCAAAUUUAUUUCCGGUUUAAUGCCUUAAUAAACCGGAUCUAUUAUAUUGUAUGCAAAAUAAGAUCCCCUAUAUAAGGAGAAGCAUUUUUAAAACUUACUUUAAAAGUUUAUUGGCAAGGAAUGUGACGUGGUGACGUGGUUUCACGAGAAACUUUUAUUUAGUAAAACGCUUAGCUGUCACGCAGAGAACGUUUUUCACCAAAACUGUGCAUUUAAUGCGUUCACACUAACAUUCCUUUAAAAAAUAUUCAAACCAUGUAUACUUUUCUCGACGAUAAACCUUCAGCUUCAAGUUUGAUUAUUUGAUUUAUCAAUUUUCUCAAUAUAAUCAUAGCAUCAAUUAAGAUUCCUUAUUCCUCUAUACGUUUAUGUUAAAAACGCUAACCCAUCUGAUCUAUCGCUAUUAAGUCGACAGAUCCGUAGAGACGACAAAGCGAUGAAACUUUAGUAUGAUGCCAAGUGUUAAUGAAAAAAACUCUUUUCUCCAUACUUGCUUUCAUGCAUUUAGCAGAGCACUCACGUUCUUGAGAACCGUCUCUCAUUGCUGAAAGAGAACGUUGAAAAUCUAUUUCAAGAUAAAUGUGCCGUAUUCGAUUUAGUUACUGCUCGAUGAGUUGAUCUCUGUUUCGAAGAGACUGAAUCACUGUAAGUCGUUUCGGCUUAGCGUAUUAGUCUUCUCGAGCAAGCAAUAUAAGCAUCCGAGUGUCACCACUUUUGCCGCCAUGAGAUCUCUGCAUUAGACGACCUUGAAGAUGAGAAGAAACUUCCAGGAACGAACCACCAGCAAGUCUCACGUGCUGGUCGCAUCUAGAACAACAUUUACAAUUUAGAGAGUCAAAUAACCUUCAAUUUCUUUUAUUAUGCAACUAUUUUUUUUUGAAUUUAAAGGAGCUAUACUUUUUUUUUUAUUUCACACAGUUAUUGUUUUGCUUAUAAUAUGUCAUUGAUCCACUUUUAUUUCGAUUUUAUGUGUUAAACCCCUAAGUCCAUAACUACUACAACAGGAUAGGUGAAAUAUAAAAAAAUAUUUUCCAAAGCUUCUUCUCAAACUUGCAAACACCGUAUAUUAAAUUUUAAUAUUAGUGAACUCAUUAUAAAAAGUCUAUAGCUUCACCCCUGAUAAUAUUCAUACUUUUAGCUCUAUCUAACUAUCGGUUAAAGUAUACUUUAUGUUAUACAUAAUUAUAAUAUAUAAUUUCAACAUUAAUAUAGACAUCUUAUCCCGCGCAAAGCGCGGGUUAUUAUCUAGUCAGUUUAUUAUUUUAGUUGGUUUUCUAUAUUGCCAUAUCUUUAAAGAGGAGAAUCAUUAAUUCAAAAUACAUAUAGUUAUAGUUUUUCCUUUCCUUUCGUUAGAUAAAUUAUUUGAGCAAGAUUAUACUAACAAAUUAUAAAAACACGUAACCAAAAAUAUACUUAAAUACAUAAAAAUACAUAACAAAUAUAUGAAAUAUGUUAGAUUAUUUUAUAUAAAAAUACAUAAUAUUAUAAUUAAAACAUAUUGACCAAAAUUUUAAAAGGAAAUAAAUUCCGUACUUUCAAAUCGUGGAUCAAAAUCUAGUAUCUUUAUAUAACAAAACCAAAACUUUCUUGUAUUCCAUUUUCUUACGCCAGUAUUUAUAUAUGCCAAAAAAAAUCAAGAACCAAAUUCAUAAGCAACAUAAACCAAACAAAAAAUUGGCAAAUUUCAAAAAUAGAAAUAAACAAAAAACCAAAAAAAAAAAACAACCACACGUACAUAUAAAACAAUCCAUUUACGUAGCCUCUACUUGGUAACCUCCUAAGACAUGAAAUAGUCGCAAAGCCUUUUCUUUCUUCUUCAUUUCUAAUUGCUUUCGACCAAGAUCGAUUGUAGAGAAGUCUACCUCGUAGACAUCUCUCUCAAAUUUAACUCCCAAAACUUGUUUCAGACAUAAAAUAUGUGUCUCUCUCGCUUCGUCCUCCUCAUUUUUCUCGUUGUUGUUUUACCAGCCGUAUCAGCUGAUGUAGCUAUCUUGAGAACGGAUUACUACCAAAAAACGUGCCCUGAUUUCAACAAAAUCGUGCGUGAAGCCGUUUCAACGAAGCAAGCUCAACAGCCGACAACUGCGGCCGGGACACUUCGUCUAUUUUUUCAUGACUGUUUCCUUGAAGGUUGUGAUGCAUCUGUUUUAAUAGCCACCAACUCGUUUAACAAAGCGGAACGUGAUGAUGAUCUCAACGAAUCCCUCCCAGGAGAUGCUUUUGACAUUGUGAAUCGCAUCAAGACAGCUCUCGAGCUGUCUUGUCCCGGUGUGGUAUCAUGCGCUGAUAUUUUAGCGCAGGCUACGCGUGACCUUGUCACGAUGGUAGGAGGACCUUACUUCGACGUAAAGCUUGGUCGUAAGGACGGACUCGAAUCCAAAGCACAUAAAGUCCAAGGAAACGUCCCCAUGCCUAACCAGACGGUCCAUGACAUCCAUGGGAUGUUCAAGAAAAACGGGUUUAGUCUACGUGAGAUGGUAGCUUUAAGUGGAGCUCACACAAUAGGAUUUUCUCACUGUAAAGAGUUUAGUGACCGGCUCGUCGGAUCAAAAGCUGAUCCAGAAAUCAACCCGCGAUUCGCAACCGCUCUCAAAGGACUAUGUAAAAACCACACUGUGGACGACACAAUAGCGGCGUUUAACGAUGUGAUGACUCCGGGAAAAUUCGACAACAUGUACUUCAAGAAUCUAAAGAGAGGACUAGGUUUAUUAGCUUCCGACCACCUCCUUAUUAAAGACAAUAGCACAAAACCAUUCGUUGAGCUUUAUGCAACUAACGAGAAAGCAUUCUUUGAGGAUUUCGCACGUGCGAUGGAGAAAAUGGGCACGGUCGGCGUUAAGGGUGAUGGGGAAGGAGAAGUGAGACGUAGGUGCGACCACUUCAACAAUCUCAAUGUAUAGGAUGAAUACACAUAAAAAUAAUAAUUUUUUGUGUUGUAUUCGCACGGAGAGAGGAUAAAUUGCUGAGAAUAAAGGUUUGUUGGUAUAUAUGUUAUAAAACUAUGUAUUAUAUGCAUGAUCGUCUAACAAUUCAAGAAGGGAUGUUAGUUUUUGAUGAGAAUGCAUAUUAUUGUAUUAAAGUUAUAUAGAUACAUAUAAUAAUUAUGUAUAAGUAUCGAGGUUGUAA